GCCUUGUCUCUCAGCUCCUCCUGUUAGUACAAAUGCCUAAGAUGGCCGCCACUCAACGGCCAACUGUAACUGCCACAGCACAAGCCUGAUCUCUCACUGGAAUUCCUACGCCUCUUGCUGAUUGGUCAGUGUCCUAUUGUCAGGAGCAGCACUCAGGGAACAGUUAAUCCUUUCUCUGCUGUAUGUUACAUAGUGUCCAGCCAGGGCUGCAUUCAGCAGGGGAAGGGGCACAAAAGUUACUCUACAGUUCAUGGCAGCACCACUGGGGUGCCACAUACUCUUCCUCCCUGUGGGCGGACAUAUGCAAGAAUGACCUGCGGCUGUGGCCAAAUCAGAGAGUUACACAUCCAGGAACCCGCAGAUCUUGAUGUGUCUCCAGGAUCCAUGUGGGACCCUCAGACGUGUGUCACAGAAUUCCCUAGUGAUUGCCAUGGAGAUAUGACCUUCACAGGAACCAGCAGGACAUGGGCACAGUAUGUGCGGGCAUCAUGCGACACGGCACCCAAUGUAUUGUAUGACCUCAUGACACAACAAUGGGGUCUCAGUGCACCCAGGCUUCUCAUAUCAGUGAUUGGAGGGUCCAAGAACUUCAGCAUCAGCCCAAGACUGAAAACCCAGUUCAGCCGGGGCCUUGUGAGAGCAGCAGAGAGCACAGGGGCCUGGAUCAUUACCGGAGGUUCUCAUGCUGGGGUGAUGAAGUAUGUGGGAGAGGCUGUGCGGGAUUUCAGUGGAAGCCAACAAGAUAUUGUCCUGAUCGGCAUCACCUCCUGGGGCACCGUCCAUAACAGGAAAUACUUGCUCAGCGCAGCGGGCGGAGCUCCAGCACUGUACCCAAUGGAUGUAGGAUCUCAGGGGGGCCUGCGCUGUCUGGAUAACAACCACACGCACUUUAUUCUGGUGGACGAUGGGACACACGGACGAUGUGGGGUGGAAAUUCCACUGAGAACUCAGCUGGAGGAAUUCAUCUCUCAGCAAACGAUGCAGAUAGGAGAGACUACUAUAGAGAUCCCUACAGUGUGUGUGGUGCUGGACGGGUGCCCUGAUACCCUUGAUACCAUAUAUAACUCCAUGUGUAAUAACACCCCAUGUGUCAUCGUGGAAGGAUCCGGGCGUGUGGCAAACAUCAUCUCAGAGGUGGCAAAUCUUAGUUCUUCCAAAAUCACCAUUUCCCUCAUCAAGGAGAAACUGCAGAACUAUUUCCAGGAGUCGUACGACACCUUCACCGAAACUCAGAUUAUCACCUGGACCAAGAGAAUAAGGGAUAUUGUCUGCAUGGGAUCUCUGCUGACCAUCCUCCGGGAGGAGAAAGACGGAGGCCAAGGAAUGGACAUGGCCAUUCUCCAAGCAGUCCUGAAAGCGUCUCACAGUGAUGAUGGAGGACAGGAGAAUUGGGACCAUCAGCUGAAACUCGCUGUGUCCUGGAAUCGGGCAGAUAUUGCAGAGAUGCAGAUAUUUACUGAUGACAGGACCUGGAAGCCCGCUGAUCUUUACCCCAGUCUAAUGGUGUCAUUGAUUGAAGAUAAACCUGCCUUUGUCCACCUCUUUCUGGAUCAUGGAGUGUGUCUCUCGGAGUUCCUCACCACAGAAAGGCUCCUAUGCUUGUACAAUAACACCGACCCGUCCACUCUGAUUCAUAUCAAACUAGUGAGUCUGGCCACUGGUGAAGGAUGGAGUGAAGUUGUGCAAUCCACCAUUGGACUACAUCAUAUGUCCAGUAUCCUGCAAGGGAUUCUGGGAAAGCUUGUUGAGCCAUUGUACCAAGGUGCACCAUAUCGUGGCACAUGGAGCCUGUUUAAUGGAAACAUCAGGAUGAAUGAGAUAGUGGACGUAAUGAAUGGAGACCCACAACAUCUGAAAUACCCUGUACGUGAUCUUCUCAUCUGGUGCAUUGUCCAGCAUCGUGCAGAACUUUCAGAGAUCUUCUGGAACCUGACACAGGACAGUGUAGCUGGGGCCCUUCUCUGCUCUAAGAUCCUAAGAGAACUGGCUAAAGAGGAGGAGGGCAUGGCAAACACGGAGGAAAUGACAUCACUGGCUGAUGUGUAUGAGGGGCGCGCUGUGGGAGUUUUUUCUGAAUGUUUUUCUAAUGACGAGAAACUGUCUGACAAUCUCCUGACACAUGUAUCUGCUGAAUGGGGAAACGCCUCCAUCCUAGAACUGGCCCAGGAGGCCGAUGCUCAGAUCUUCAUGUCUCAGGUUGGAGUUCAGUUAUUCCUCACGAAGGUCUGGUGGGGGCGGCUGUCGGCUGAUAACAGCGUUUUGCAGGUCUUGCUGUGUAUGUUUCUGUUUCCGCUCAUCUACAGUGGUCUCCUCACCUACAGAAAGGGAGCUGGAAAUUCUGUAUCCCGUACCGCAGAGACGCAAUGUGAGCAAGAAGCUAUGGGUGUGCGAUGCGACCAGAAGAAUGUCAUGUGCAGUAAUAUGGAAUCUGCGCUCUGUAGACCCAGACCCUACAGCAGUCUCUGGAAGAUCAUGGCCUUCUUCAACGCCCCAAUAAUCAAGUUCUAUUAUAAUUAUCUGUCAUAUGUCGGUUUCCUGGUGCUCUUUGCUUAUGUCCUGAUAGUUGAUUUCCAGACGUAUCCAUCUUGGAGAGAAUAUCUCUUGUACGCCUGGGUAAUAACCCUCCUGUGUGAGGAGCUGCAACAGUUAUUUUAUGAUCCCGCCCAGUACGGGUUUGUGACAAAUGCAUACCGCUACAUCACCAAUUUCUGGAACCAGAUAGAAGUACUUGCAUUGUGUUUCUUUGCUGUGGGGGUCAUCUGCAGAUUGGUCCGCACUGAUACAGUAUAUCUGGGCCGGGUAUUCCUCUCUGUGGAUUACAUAUUCUUCUGUAUUCAUCUCUUGCAAGUCUUCACCGUCAGCAACGUCAUAGCGCCUCAGGUUAUCGUUUUUCGCAGAAUGCUGAAGGAAAUUUACUUCUACAUCUUCAUUUUGUUAAUUAUGAUGGUGGCCUAUGGGGUUCCAAAGCAGGCGAUCCUAUAUAUUAAUGAAACACGGUGGGACUGGAUCUUCCGCCAUGUCCUCUAUUAUCCCUACCUAUUACUUUAUGGGGAUCUUCCAUUAGACGUGGACGGUUUGAACUUUGACGUUACACAAUGUACCCAAAAUAUCACUGAUUCCGAUGUUCCUCUGUGUGUCUACAAUGAUGGUACCGGGAACCUUCUAUUUCCACAAUGGCUGACCAUAAUCCUUUUGUGUCUGUUUCUCAUCCUUGGCACCUUUCUUAUGUUGAACCUGUUGUGUAUAAUAGUUAGCGUUGUAUUUACUGACGUUGAGAGUCAGGCAGAUCAGCUCUGGAAGUUAUAUCGCUUUGGUCUAAUAAAAGAAUACAAUGAUCGCCCAGCUUUACCACCACCAUUCAUCGUGUUUUCACAUCUGUACCUUCUCCUGAAAUGCGCCAUCUGUAGACAACCACCAUGGGGCUACAAAGCACUGAGACGCGUGCUAGAUGAAUGCCAGGAGUCAUUGCUGCUGUCCUGGGAAGCCUACAUGAAGGACAACUACCAGUAUAAGCAGCAACAGCGAAAACAGGAGAGCCAGGAAAAUCUGAUGAAGGAAACAUCCAAGAGGACAUGUUUUUUUGUACAACUCAAGGGCACAGCCAUGGGUACAGGAUUUGCCCCAAGCUAUGCCAACUUAUUUAUGAGUUGGUUGGAAGACCACCACAUCUGGUCAAACAAGGAGCUUGGGACAAAUCUCAUAUUCUGGAGCAGAUAUAUAGAUGAUAUAUUUUUCAUCUGGCAAGGCAGUAAGGACACACUCAAGGAAUUCAUGAUCCAUAUGAACACGAAUGACAAUAACCUCAGGGUCACAAUAAAGUACAGCAAGACCAAUAUUAAAUUACUCGACCUCAACAUCUAUAUAGAACAGGGCUGUAUCCCCACAAAUACAUUCCAUAAAGCGGUUGAUGUUAAAAGCUUCAUUGUAUCCAAAAGCCAGUUCAUUAGACUGCGAAGAAAUUGCUUCAAACAUCACAACUACAUCACAUGGGGACAGGAAUGA